AUGACCAUCGACCUGCAGCUUCCGCCGCCGUGCCCGUGCACUGCCCUGCCGCCGGGCUUCCGCUUCCACCCCACAGACGAGGAGCUCCUCCUCCACUACCUCCGCAAGCGCGCCGACGCGGCCCCCUGCCCGGCCCCGGUGAUCGCCGAGGUCGACAUCUACAAGUUCAACCCGUGGGAGCUGCCGGCCAUGGCGGUGUUCGGCGAGGCCGAGUGGUACUUCUUUAGCCCCCGCGACCGCAAGUACCCCAACGGCAUCCGUCCCAACCGUGCGGCCGGCUCCGGCUACUGGAAGGCCACCGGCACCGACAAGCCCAUCUCCGACGCCGGCCAGAUGCUCGGCGUCAAGAAGGCGCUCGUCUUCUACCGUGGGCGCCCUCCCAAGGGCACCAAGACAAGCUGGGUCAUGCACGAGUACCGCCUCGCCGACGCCAUGAUCAACACCUACAGGCCCUCCAAGCAGCUGCAGGCCGCCUCGUCAAGCUCCAGCAGCAGCAUGAGGCUGGACGAGUGGGUGCUGUGCAGAAUCUACAAGAAGGCCAGCCAGCAGCUGCACUACAUGUCGCCGUCCAUGGACGACGACGACCAACAGGGCCAGCCCCAGGCUGAGGCUGAUCACCACCGCCAGGACGACCAACACAACUUCCGGAUGCCAAGGCCUCCAUCCAUCUCCGACUACCUCGUCGACUUCUCGGCCGUGUCGGAGCUGUUCGCCGACAAUAACCUCCCGGCAUCGGAUCACACGACGGCAUCUCUGCAGCUGGGAUCGAUGGCCGUGGAACAAGGCAGCAGGAACAAGAAGCAGAAAACAAUGGAGGAUUAUUCCAGUACAGCUGAGAUGACGAUGAUGCUGCAGGCGCCCAAUAACCAGACCGCCAACUUGUCAUCCAUAUUUGAGCCCGCACCUGCAGGCCAUCAGCAGCUCAUGCCUUCUCAGUCUCAGGAUGACAGAUCAAUAUGGCCCUCGACUAUAGGUUAG